AUGGAUUAUUUCUCCACGAGAUUCAGGUAUUCCGACAGGAAGAAAAGGGUGCUGAAACUUAACAUGGUGAUCAAGGUUUCUCACAUUAAGCUCUCCGAAAUGCAAAAGAGAAAAUCAAAUGUCUCUCUAAGGAAGUAUGUGUGUACGAUGAAUACACUUAUUGGUGCACGCAUGGAGACUGAGAUGCAAGCGCAAACUGUACCCAAGAGAUUACUCUCGCCAUCACGAUCAAGACUUUCAGAAUCCACGACUAGUCAAUCCGGAAUCUCGUCCCCUAAAUCCCUUUUCAGGAUAUCACCAUCCAUUGCUUCGCCUUCCAUAACCUCGUCUUCCAGGAUCUCGCCUUCCAUAACCUCGUCGUCUAUAACAUCGCCAUGCAGGAUCUCCCCACCCAUAACUACGUCUUACAGCAUCUCGUCUUCCAUAACCUCGCCGUCCAAGAUGUCGUCUUCUGAAACCCUGCAAUCCACGAUCCAUCAGUCAAUAUCCUCUCCGCCCAGGAUACAACCGUACUACGAAAUUCCAGGCUACCAGGUGCCACAAGUGGGUAUGUCCUUCAUAUGCGGUGUUCGCUUAACUUUGGACAAACUGUCGGAAAAUGUUAUUGUUUAUGAACUUCGCAACCCAAGCACCUGCUUACAGGAACUUCCACAGCACCUGCUUACAGGAACUUCCACAGCACCUGCUUACAGGAACUUCCACAGCACCUGCUUACAGGAACUUCCACAGCACCUGCUUACAGGAACUUCCACAGCACCUGCUUACAGGAACUUCCACAGCACCUGCUUACAGGAACUUCCACAGCACCUGCUUACAGGAACUUCCACAGCACCUGCUUACAGGAACUUCUACAGCACCUGCUUACAGGAACAUCCACAGCACCUGCUUACAGGAACUUCUACAGCACCUGCUUACAGGAACUUCUAUAGCACCUGCUUACAGGAACUUCUACAGCACCUGCUUACAGGAACUUCCACAGCACCUGCUUACAGGAACUUCUACAGCACCUGCUUACAGAAACUUCCAAAGCACCUGCUUACAGGAACUUCCACAGCACCUGCUUACAGGAACUUCUACAGCACCUGCUUACAGGAACUUCUACAGCACCUGCUUACAGGAACUUCCACAGCACCUGCUUACAGGAACUUCCACAGCACCUGCUUACAGGAACUUCCACAGCACCUGCUUACAGGAACUUCCACAGCACCUGCUUACAGGAACUUCCACAGCACCUGCUUACAGGAACUUCCACAGCACCUGCUUACAGGAACUUCCACAGCACCUGCUUACAGGAACUUCCACAGCACCUGCUUACAGGAACUUCCACAGCACCUGCUUACAGGAACUUCUACAGCACCUGCUUACAGGAACAUCCACAGCACCUGCUUACAGGAACUUCUACAGCACCUGCUUACAGGAACAUCCACAGCACCUGCUUACAGGAACUUCUACAGCACCUGCUUACAGGAACUUCCACAGCACCUGCUUACAGGAACUUCUACAGCACCUGCUUACAGGAACUUCCACAGCACCUGCUUACAGGAACUUCUACAGCACCUGCUUACAGGAACUUCUACAGCACCUGCUUACAGGAACUUCUACAGCACCUGCUUACAGGAACUUCUACAGCACCUGCUUACAGAAACUUCCAAAGCACCUGCUUACAGGAACUUCCACAGCACCUGCUUACAGGAACUUCUACAGCACCUGCUUACAGGAACUUCUAUAGCACCUGCUUACAGGAACUUCCACAGCACCUGCUUACAGGAACUUCUAUAG